CGACUCAAGGAGUGGUUAUUGUUCUCUGUCGCAACAAAGCUGAACAACAUAAAUUCCCUUAAUGGUGGUACGAAACGAGUGGUUAAUUCACCGCCUGUGAUCUCCCUCAAACAAUUCUAUAAUAAUUCUUCACCUGUUACAGUUAAAACAAAUGAUUUUCAUGGGAAAUUAAUAAAUAGAAUAACAUGUUACGAUAGAAGGCAGUAAAGACAAAGGGAAGAGAUGCUGUUUAGUUAAAAAUAAAGAGUAAAAUCGAUGACCGAUCGAUCCAUUCUAGAUUUACGUAACCAGAUCGUGCAUUCAGUGCUCGACAAAGUUCAAUGUUACUUGUAGAAUCAGCGUUAACCCAGAUCUAUUCAUCUCUUGGAACCCUUACCUCUACUACGAAACACUGUGGCAGAAAUGCAGGAUGAAUGAAUUAAUAGGCAGCACAAUUUGAUGACUUAAAUCAUUCGAGG